GGGCCAUCCGCAGGCCCUGACACGAAUCGAACGGAGAACAGAAGCGAGACGCUAUUAGGAGUCGUCUGUUUACUUGCGUUGAGUAAAUAGAAAGCAGCCAAUUAUCGUAUUUACGCUCGCAAUUGUCAUUACUAUCCGUGAGCGAAGGUCGUCGACAAUCGCGGAUUUUAUGGAGUAAAGAGCUCUCGGCGAAUUCGACCGCACCUUCAUCGGCGCGGAAUAAUCUUCGCCGUUGAAUAUGCGAUGCAAUAUCGAUUGGCCUUUAUCUUGGGAGAUAAAAUUUUUGUUAUCGCAUAAAUGCAUGCAGCAGGAAUAGGCAACGACUGCGAAGAUCCAUAUCCUAGCCUGUCGGAUUAUCACGAUUAUGAACCAAAUCUGGAAUUUGACGAUACAGAAUUGCAAACCACUUCAAAUAAUGCGGCGCGACUGGGAAAAUUGGAUUUGGUGAGCGGCAGCAUGGGUGCCGGGAUGGAUUAUUUGGAAAGCCCAGUGAGUGACGGCACGAUCGAGGAGAACUUUGAGGAAGCUUUGGUAGAUGCUCCAGUUAUCGAAUCUGCAGACGAUCUAGCUGCUUUAGACGGAGAAGAGCUGGCUGACGAGGAGGAUUAUCUCGACAUAUCCAGGCACGGUAUCGUAGAGGUGGUCGGCGACGAUAGCGCCGGUCGUAAAAUUAUUGUCGUGUCAGCUUGCAAAUUGCCUCCCAUUGGGAAAGAGACCUUUAAUCACGCUAAGCUCCUCAGGUAUCUUACGCAUACUUUGGACAUGUUCGUGGAACAAGAUUAUAGUCUCGUCUACUUUCAUUAUGGCCUUACGUCGAAAAAUAAGCCACCCUUAUCUUGGUUGUGGCAAGCGUAUAAAGCGUUUGAUAGAAAAUACAAGAAGAAUCUCAAAGCCCUUUACCUAGUACAUCCGACUAAUUUCAUCAGGAUUGUGUGGCAAAUAUUCAAACCGGCUAUUAGUGUAAAAUUCGGACGGAAAAUGAUGUAUGUUAAUUAUCUGGAGGAAUUAGCACAAUAUGUUAACUUGGAUCAACUAAUUAUUCCACCUCAAGUGAUAGAACACAAUGAACAACUGCUGAUGAAGAAUAAGAAAAAUUUACCGGCGAGUCCGCCACAAAGCGCAGUAGUUACGCCAGUUGGCACGACUCAGUUCGGUGCUAGUCUGCAAUUCAUAAAAGAAAAUAAUAACGGUGAUCCAAUACCACCGAUUCUAAGGCAGUGUGUAGAAUUUCUCGAUACACCUGACGCUUUAGAGACCGAAGGGAUAUUCAGAAGAUCGGCUAACGUGGCGGUAAUCAAAGAACUUCAGAAUCGCCUCAAUCAAGGUUUGCCCAUCGAUUUCCAAGGGGAUCCGCAUAUCGCCGCGGUUUUACUCAAGACCUUUCUCCGUGAACUAGACGAGCCUCUUAUGACCUACGACUUAUACGAGGAAAUCACGCAAUUCCAAACAUUAUCGAAAGACGAACGUCCGCGUAAAGUCAAGAUAUUAAUAUUGGAGAAACUCCCUGAGGACAACUAUCAAGUUCUUAAAUACAUCGUACAGUUUUUAUCGAGGGUAAUGGACCGAUGCGAUCUGAAUAAGAUGACUUCUAGUAAUCUCGCGGUCGUAUUUGGACCAAAUCUAGUUAGAGCACCGCCAGCACGUGGAAUGUCCCUCUCGGCGAUAGGACCCAUCAAUCAAUUCAUAGACUUUUUAUUCACCUAUCAGGAUAAGAUAUUUAUUAUUUAAGAGCGGCAACACCGAAAGCCUAAUUGUGUAACAUUCAACUAUCACACGUCCACACAUUUUCAUUUAUCUAAAUAUUUUUAUAUUUCUACGUGAUAGAGAAAGAGAGAAGGAUAUAGAAGGAAACACUCAAUUGUUCGUUUACACGUGACUUUGCACAAGAUUUUUUAAUAUGAGUAGGUAUAAUAAUUUUCGGACGAAAGAGCAAAAAACGUUCGAACUGAUGCUGGCCGUGCGAUGAUUGAACGCCAGCUCCGAGAAGACAACGUGUCCGUAUAUUUAGAGAGAAAUUACGACCAAAUACCAAA